UGGUUCUUGUUUAAAAGCACUUCUCCUUGGAGUCGUAAGUAAUUGAAAUCAAGUGAAACGCAUAGUUGUUCUUCCUCUAUAUCUAUCCCGCUCAUCGUAUCUGCAGAAAAUGGGAGGUGAAGAAAAUGUUAAGCAUCUCGAAGACUGCUCCGUUUCCAAUGCAUUGGGCACUUGGGUAUUCUCAGUUGCAGGAGCUUUGCUGGCUAUUCCAGUGGGGAUAAAGCGUAAAUCUCUGGCACCCCUUGUAUUUUUCGGCACCACUGGUACUAUGUUGGAUAUUAUUAUGGGAAUUAGUGCUUGCGAGAGGGAACACGCAGAGCGCCAAAUGAAGCUACUUGAAGCGCAAAAUGAUGCUGCUGAGACUUCUUUGGGUGAAACAAAAAUUGAUUCAUAACCAUUAUCUUGAAGUUGUCGGCAUUGUCAAAUUUGUUUGGUCAUAACUGUAACAAAAUGCAUUUUUCUGGUAGUCCAUGGUCAAAUUUUCUUCUAACUGAUGCUUUUAUGUUGGUCUUUAUUGGUUUUUCCUCCAGCAGUGUAGACCAAAGAAGGUGGAUAAGGAUUUCUUUGUUCAUUCAUAAAGAUUUCUGGGAUGUUUUAUUACAUUAUGUUUCCUAUAUAAUGAUGGUAAAUAAAAAAAACGCUCUUGCUGGCUCCUA